CUUAUUACUGGGGGCUGGGUUGGUUUGGGGGUGAUACGGGUUAGGAGGAGGGGGAUCUGCUUAUUACUGGGGGCUGGGUUGAUUUGGGGGUGACCCAGGCUGGGAAGGAGGAGAGUUAUUUAGGGGGUAGGUAGGCUCAGAUAGUCAUUGGGGGCUGGGCUGAUUUGGGGUGAUACAGGUUAGGGAGGGUUGGUACAUAUUUCUGGGUCAUACAGGGGUUUAGGGGGUGGAGAGGUUUCCUAGGCAGGGUGUUUUGGGGGGUGAUAUAUUUUGGACGUUCUAGGGGUGGUGAUUUGGCGGGGGGGAGUGAUACGGGAUUUUUCUUUUGGUGGGGGUGAUAUUUCCUCCUUUUCCCUCACACCCCCACUGGGAAUUACUGCUGGAGGAGGAGGAGGCGGCACUAUAGGAGGGGUCCCUUGUGCGCGCGUUUUUUUUUCCCCUGAAUGGCUUCGUCCCUGAAGGAGUUUUGAGAGAGAAACCUGCCUAUCGAUCCCUAAAAACAAACGCACACAAACCUGCCUCCGGGAGGGAAAUAGCCAGGUGAAAUCGCACUCUGUUUCCAUGGACAACCCGUCCAUUAUCACCCAGGUGACUAACCCCAAAGAGGAGGAAAUACUGUCCUGCACUCAGGAUAAAGUGUCCCAAUGUAAUAUCAGCUUGAAGAAGCAAAGGAGUCGAAGUAUCUUUAGCACCUUAUUCUGCUGUUUUCGUGACUACAAUGUGGAACCACCAUCUACCAAUAGCACUAGUACUCUUCCUCCAUUGGUGGAGGAGAAUGGAGGACUUCAGAAGGGUGACCAGAUGCAGGUCAUUCCCAUACCAAGUCCACCGGCUAAAUACCUCCUGCCAGAACUAACAGUACUGGACUAUGGGAAGAAAUGCGUGGUCAUUGAUUUAGAUGAAACAUUAGUACACAGUUCAUUUAAGCCAAUUAGUAAUGCUGACUUCAUUGUUCCUGUUGAAAUUGAUGGAACCAUACAUCAGGUCUAUGUAUUGAAACGACCACAUGUGGAUGAGUUUCUUCAGAGGAUGGGAGAGCUCUUUGAGUGUGUACUCUUCACGGCCAGUCUAGCCAAGUAUGCGGAUCCAGUAGCAGACUUGUUGGAUCGCUGGGGUGUGUUCAGGGCAAGACUCUUCAGAGAAUCCUGUGUUUUCCACAGAGGAAAUUAUGUGAAGGAUCUGAGUCGACUGGGAAGAGAGCUGAGUAAAGUUAUUAUAGUGGAUAACUCUCCUGCGUCUUACAUCUUCCAUCCUGAAAAUGCAGUGCCUGUGCAGUCCUGGUUUGAUGACAUGACGGACACAGAGCUGCUAGAUCUUAUUCCUUUCUUUGAAGGACUAAGCAGAGAGGAAGAAGUUUACAGUAUGCUUCACAAACUUUGCAACAGGUAGCCCUUAAAUCUGACUGCUGCUGGUUGAUAGCAGUUGCUACAGACUCUUUCUCCAUCUCUCACAACUCUUUCAAACUAAGCUUUGAGGAGGCUGCUCCUGUCAGAAGUGCUACUCUUGAUCUUCCUGUUACAUUGUACACGAAGGACAAUCAUGAGUGAUGCUAGUAAGCCUUCAGAAGCCUGACAUCCUAAGGUCACGUGUUCAGACUACUUUUUUAAAAAAGAAAAAAAGAAGCUAUUUUAAAUGGGGCUCUUUUAAUGACUUUCGUAAGUGGACACGUUUUACUGGAUCAGCUUUUCUUAAAACAUGCCAAAAAAAGAAGCUUGUUGUAUUUCAGCAGUCAAAUUUCUCCCCCUCCCACUAUGCAGACAGUUUCACCCUCUGCUUAGAGCAGUUGACCUGACUCUGAAUUUUUUUCUUACAGAAUGAAGUGCCUUUUUGAAUGUUAUUUUAAGAUAAAAAUUCAUUUUGUAUAAGGUGUAUUUCCAGACAUCUUUUAGUCUUGUAUUGUCUAAACGCUUUAAAAAGGAAAAAGGAAUUUUUUAUAGAGCACUGUAAUAUAUGGUAACAAAGGAAAAAGUUGAAACAGAUAUGCUGGGGUCCUGUCUCCAUGGUGAUGUUAAGUUGUAUUAAUUACAUUUUGUCAUGCUCAGAAGGUUUAGGAGUUUGGGGAGAGGUGAUUUUGGUUACAGGUUUGUGUUACUGUGGUCUUACUCAUUUUGGACACAGUUUGAACAUAUCUGCAGUUGUUUGGGUAUUAGGGUAUGAUAGAAUUGGGAAAAUGUGAUGGGAAAUAGAUCUCAAGCACCUUUUAUGUUAGAUGGAUCAAGUUCUAUUAUCUCUGCUUGCGCACAACUGCCAUGCCUCUCCAAUUUUUUAAAACAUCCUAAUGAGAAACCCAUUAUAUUGGGGGGAAAGGAGGGAGAAUCUAUUUAUUGAUCUAAAUUCUUUUCUUACAAAAACCCAUCUGGGUAAGCUGGAUGCGUGCUGAGCUGUUAAGAGUAUUUUUUUCUCUUAAUUGUUGCUACUGUAUACUCACCAAAUGGAGUUGACCAUCGGCUGUUAUACUGUUCUUUGCCACUGUGCCUGCACUACAAAAACAUUUGCUGUAAGCUGCAAAUUUGGGCAAUAAACGAAAUGCAGGUGAUAUACCCCACCCUUAUGUAGUAAACUUGUGGUAUAUGACAUACCAGAUAACUCAGUUAAAGGUGACCUGCAAAGGACUUUGCAAAAUGCCUUUUGCUCCUUUAUGCACCAUAAAGAAGCAAAAUGGAGGUAUGAGUCCAAUUUAUUUUAAAGUGGGGGCUUUUUUUUUUCCUGCUUGUGUUUUUCCUUAGAAAUGUCAGGAAUGUUAACUGAUCUCUCCUGGUUUUUGCUGAACACUUGUUGAGAGUCUCAGAUGCAGAUUGGGAGCCAUAUCACCCCUGCUGGAGGUGUGUUUAACUCAGAAUUCCUUUCUCUCACGUACUCUUCAGGCUUUGGAGUUAAAUAGGUGUUAACUUAAAAUGUUAAAAACAAUAUAAAAAUCUCACUAAAAAUCCAUUUGUGAUGUCAUAAUUACAUUAAUUCUUCAUCCAGGGUAGAAAGACCUGAAUUUCUGAUGUUAAAAACACAUGUAACUUUUCUUUUUAAGCCUUUUGAAACAAAAAGGCACAGCCCUUUUUUUCCUUUCCCUGGUCACCUUUUAACCAUUUUUGCACCAGUAGAAAUCUAGUCAGACAAAUUAGCCGUAUUUGGCAGGCAUCAAGCAAAGUUAAACUAAUAAUUUGGUGCUUUAAUUAGCCUACUGUCAAAUGCCGCAGGGUAGAUACAAGUUGCCUUUUUACAGGUAUGGCCAAUAGGAAUUACAAGAAGCUGACCUGGAUUGUCAUCCUUGGCUAAAACAUUUACUAAGCAGCUUAAUAAAUUGUUUCCUAAAAGGGUGGGCCAGCCUACACAGACCUGGAAUGGAUUAUCACAGGGGCAAUAUAAGACUGAGAGAGGACUUGUCUCUUUGCAGUGCAGCUUUGCACUGUACUCAGUGUUUCUCAGUGAGGGUGUUCUAAGCAGUACCAUGACAUUUGAGUCUGUACGGCAUCACUUUUUUGUUCUCUUACCAGUUGUCAUUACCUUAGUACUGUAUGUUUCUAUGCCAGAACUAAAUUCUGACCAUUUAAAAAAAAAUCUGGAUGGUUUUGAAGGACGUAUGGAUUCUGGUUAGCCCAUUAUAUUUGCAUUCAAUUUAAGAUCUUUAGUUUUAUUUUUGAAUACAGAGUAUUGAAACCAUAAACUGCCAAAAAGUUGUUAUCUGAGCAGUAUUUUUAACUGUAUUUGUGACCUCUGUGCCUCAGGUACAGUCUGCAGGGAAGUAUUCAGGUUGUAGUUUAUUGUGCAGGUGUGAUGAGAGUGGCUGAAAAAAAUUCAAAGAUUUUCACACAAGUAUUAGACCAAACAGUCUUACCAAUUAGACAGUGAAUAACCCCUUCAUGAGACACUACCGUUUAGACAGUUGUGAUCUGUUGUAGAUAAGAAACCAUGUCAUUAGCUGUUCACAUUUAUAAAAGCAGUGAUUUCAUGAACCCAGUUGCCUUAAAUGUCUGUGAAUGAAUGUUGAUAUUAAAGUGACUUGUAUUGUUUUGAAAUCAACAUGUAAUGGACAACUGAACUUCUGUUCCCACAUCUGAAACCAUUUUAAUGACUGAUACUAUACAAUCACUGUCUUUAUGUGGUUUCUGUACAGUUUUAAUGCUGUUUGGGCUUUUGUAAUCCACAAAGGUCCAGAAAAAAUUGGCUUUAUAAUUUCAACUGAUAAAGCAUACAAAAUAACACGCAGCUCUCAAAAAUGACAAAAUCAGGGGCAUAACAUAGUAAUAUUUCUGAUCCAUGCUAAUAUUAUAAGUGCAUUUUAUAUAUGAUUUUUGUUUGAGUUCUAAUCAUGGUAAUUUUCACUCUUGAAUGUGAGAAUAUUUUUGGAUAAUACCUGUUUCCUUCUGACAUCAAAUGGGGUGGUUUAAGAUCAACUUUUGGGUUUCCUAAGUGUUUGGAUUUUUUAUAUUAUGUGAGCAACUAUCAUAUAUACCUUUUUUGCACUUUAUUUUCCCACACUUAAAAAAUCCAGAUUUUUAUAAGCUCUUUUGGUUUAUAUAUAACUAUAUAUAUUUGAAGCACCUAGAUUUAAACAAAGCAAUAUAGUUCUAAACAUAAUACCAGAAGAAGUAGUAGAAUGUUUGUAAAAAUUGCAAUAUGAUUAUUUUGGUUUUACUUUAAUUAAAUGAGAUUUUGAAAAUCAAAACAAAAUCAAAUUAUUUCCCAAAGCUCUUCCAUAUUUACAAGUGCAGUAGUGCAUGCUGCAUGUGGGUCACCACAACUGUUAUAAACCCUGUCUUUCAAUUAUAAUUCCCAGAUAGUACUGCAAUAUUGUUAAAAAGUCUUUCCCAGUGGAUCAUUCAGUUCAGCUAAAAAAUUGCUACCUGACCCGAAGUUCCGUUGUCCUUUCUAUGUUGGAUUAAAAAAAAGUUUAUUUGCCUGCAUAGGGAUAUAUAUAGAGAGAUAUAUUUUAAUUUAAAAAGUAAGGCAGAGUGCCAUAAAUUCUUGAAAAUCAACUAAAAUGUUAUGAUUAAAUUGCCAUCUGUAAACUAGGGCUGUGCGCAGAAUAUCUGUUAAACACCAGGAAGUUCUGAAUGGAAGAUUUUAGCAAAUGUACAAUACUGCUGUAUUCAUUUAGGUAGCUUUGGAGAAAAAAAAACUGUUUCUUGUUUUUACCUUUUAAUUUCUUUUUUAAAAACAGUGAAGUUAUACAUGGAAGAAACCCGUCGCCUGAAGAGCUUGGUUAUCAGUGUGUUCAAUCACUUUAUCACGGCAUUGUUUUUGAUUAGAGUGGUCGGGGGACAAUAAAAUCUCUAAAUUACACUCGCUUGUACUGGGAUUGCCGCUUUGAAAUUUCAAUGUAAAAAGUCUGUAGCGACAUAAUUUACAAACACACACAAUCCUAUGUGUUACAGAAUUUUUUUACUAAUAAAACACAGAACCGCACAGCCCUAUUGUAAAAGAAAAAAAUGUUUGUGCCUCUGAUUUCAAAGGUGCUGUGAUGUAGGCCUUUGUGUGGUGAGGAGGGCAGGUGAGACUUGGGCUGGGGAAUUGCUUGAAAUUCUAUAGGCUAACUAUGCAAAAUGAGCUGUUAGUUUUCUGUUCAUAUUUUAUUGUAACAAUCCAGCUGUCUGGCUUUUUGUUAACUCUUCUGGGAACUUAAGAAGAGUAAGCAAUGGACAUGUUGCUUGUUUGUCUAAUAAUGGAGCUGUUUACACUUUAAUGCAAUGAACAAUCCAGCAAUACUUGAGAAACACUACAUAUACAGUGUGAGUGUUUUGAGGCGAGAGAAGUGUUGUCAAUCAGGUACUGAAUGGUUUCUUUACUGUCACAAAUAAAAGUUUUUAACAAUUUA